UUUCGAUUAUGAGUUGAAGGGAAAAAAACAAAAAACUAAAAGCGCAACGCUGGCGCUGCUGCGCUGUUCGCUGUUUCUGUGCAUGCGAAGAGACGGACAACUGGUGGAACCUGCGCGCCUGCAAUUUCGACAAAUUUCGGCCCGGAAAACGCUCGGAGGAGGCGCAGCAGCGUCAGCGGCCAUGAGCGGCAAGGUACCGAGUUCGCCCAAGAAAGAGGGCAGUCCCCAUAAGAGGCAGAGUCUCACGGGGACCACUGAGGAUGACGGGGAGGCAGAAUUCCACUGGGAUGACUACUUGGAGAGCACACAGAGCGAGGCUGUGCCGGCCACAGCCUUUGCCCACGUGGAGCACAGUCUGGAGAGUGGCCUGCGCCCAGGCAUGAAGCUGGAAGUGCCACUGAGCUCUGCCGAUGGUGGCAGCGGCAACGGCGAAAAUGGCGGCGGAGUCUACUGGCUGGCCUCGGUGGUGACCACGUGCGGCCCGCUGCUGUCCCUGCGCUACCUGGGCUACGGGGCGGACCGGUCAGCUGACUUCUGGUGCGACGUGGGCACGAACGAGGUGCAUCCACUUGGGUGGUGCGCCCGCAACCACAAGCCUCUAAAGCCACCUCCGGCCAUAUUGGAGAAGCACUUGGACUGGGAGAAGCUGCUUGCUGAUGAAUUGAAGAGUGCGGUCACCGUGCCAGCCUACGUCCUUGAGAUGAAAGGCUCGGCGCCCAUUGACCAGAUCCAGCCAGGCAUGAAGCUGCUUGUGCUCGAGGAAGAAAACCCGCUGAAUGGGUGGGCUGCUUCUGUGCUCAAGAAUGUGGGUGGUCGUCUGCUUCUGCGCUAUGACGGGUGCAGUGACCCCCAUUGGGACCUGUGGCUCUUUUACCUGUCCCACCAGGUCAAGGCCCUCGACACACCCUCACACGGCGACCAAAAUUACCGACCACCACAGUGCAUUGAGAAUCUGCACUCGCUGGACGAGUGGAAGCGCAUACUGCGCGAGUCCAUGGGUGAGGCCCAGAAGUACAAUGGAAAGAUCCUUGCCAACAUACUCCAGCCGCCAGUCCCUCUGUCUGAGCACAGCUUUGAAGUCGGCCACAAGGUGGAGCUGCUGAACCCCUUGAGUCGCACGGAGGCCUGUCCUGCCACGGUCACGGCCAGCUUGGCCUCGGGGCAGUGGUUCCUCGUGCAGGUGGAUGACCUCAGGCAUCCCGCAGAAGCACCCCCACUGGUUCGUUGCUGCCAUGCGCGGUCGCAGACUCUUCUGCCAGUCGGCUGGGCUCAGAAGAAUGGGCUGUCCCUCCUGGCACCCCCGGGCUACAUGCACGAGACAUUCAACUGGGAGGAGUACCUCAGGUCGUGUGCAGCUAAAGCAGCGCCAAGGUCGUGCUUUCACCUGGAAGAAGACAGCCUAGGCUUUGAGCCAAACCAGAAGCUGGAGGUGGUUAAUGGCAAGAAUCCCAACGAGUUGUGUGUUGGAACAGUGGAGCGGGUUUGCCCUCCCCUGGUGUGGGUCCGCCUGGAGGACAGUGUCGAGGGCGGCACCAGGGUGGUGCUGCCCCUGCGCUCGCAACAGCUGUUCCCUGUCGGGUGGUGCGGUUCGAAUGGGUGGCCCCUUCGACCGCCCCGUGACUGGGCCCCUCCAGGCCGUCCUUCCGCACCGUCACCACUUAGGCGUGCAGGUAGCAGCAUAGCAGCGCCAUCAACAUCUGCAGCGGCUGCCGACAAAACCAGCAAGAAGUCAGGAUCUGUGGAGGCCAAGUCAGGUUGGUGCCCUGCGCUACACCUGAACCAUCGGUGUUUCUCGGGGCCACUGCUGUCCAAAGGGCGUCUGGCAGAACUCCCACGUCAAACGGGGCCAGGUCCAGUGGCGCUGGUGCUGCGUGAAGUGCUGGCACAGCUCAUUGGUGUUGCCUACAAGCCGAGCCGGGUGCUUGCCAUCCUUCAGCUGCGGGGAAGCCCCACACCAGGCAUGCACCAGCAAACACUCAAGGCCAAGUACAAGGGAAAGACGUAUCGAGCUACGGUAGAAACAGUCCGCAGCAGCGGCGAGGUGGGUGCGUUCUGCCGCAGCAUCUGUGAGAAGCUCGAGUGCUGUCCAAACCUGUUUGGGCCGACAAGCUUUGGUGAGAACUCCUGCCCUGACAACUGCUCUGGGCUCACCAAGACCAAGUACACCUACCACUUUGUGCGCAAGCGGCACAAACGGCAGAUGGCGCUCCGCAAAGCGAAGCAGGCACGCUCCGAGAGCCCUGCAUCUGGAGCCAAUGCCUCGUCCAGCGGAUCCACAGGCGAACCGGGCGAGGGAAAGCAGAGCCGGGUUGACGUCACCAUCUCGGCAUCUCAGCAAGGUGCAGCUUCCAAGGAACUCAAUGCCACUUCUACCUCUAACACUAACACCACCACCUCUGCUGCUGCUGCUGCUGCCGCGAAAAAGUCAGAGCGGCUGUCAAAUCGUCCAGCCACACGGCCGCCCACUCGGAUUGGACAUCGACCACCUGGCCGACCGCCUGGCCGACCGCCCAAGUCUGCUAACAGGCAGCCUCCUCCUCCCCCUGUCAGCUCAUCCUGUGGGUCAUCAAAUGCACCACCACCGGACGAUCGGCCUGGCGUGCGCACGCGGGGUGCACGCCUGCCCGACUUCAAGACCCUCAACUUGGACCUGCGUUGGCAGAAGCCUCUCCGGGCACGUCUGCUGUCCAACAAGAAGCAACAGCAGCAGGCAUCACGCUCGGACACCCCAGACUCUCUGUCCUCCGAGGGCACCGCUGAGUCGGCACAAGAGGCAUCUUCGCGGUCGUUAUCGUCGUUGGCGAGCACACAGCAGCAGCAGCAGCAGCCAAAGCCCCACAUUCCCCACCUGUGCUUGGAGUCCAAUCCCAUUGAGUGGACUGUCGGGGAUGUGGCCCGCUUCGUCGCCGGCACCAACUGUGCGCCCCUGGUUCGUGUCCUGCAGGAACAGGAAAUUGACGGCCAGGCUCUACUGCUGCUGACACUACCAAUGGUUCAAGAGUUCCUUGAACUUCAGCCGGAUCCUGCCAUCCAGUUUUGCCAGCUGCUGGAACGGAUAAAACUGGCCUUCUACCUCCAGUAUGCCAAGUGAAGCAACAUGGUUGCUAUGGACAUUCGUGACUAAGGAAUAGUGUGAUUACCGGUGGCGACAUCAGCUUGGCAUGUGUCUCAGUUUCCUCUGCUCCUCUGUGAUGGUAGCAGAUGAAAAUACUUGUGGCUAUUCUAUGGGCACGGGUUGCUGAUGUCAAAUUAGGUGUGAUAUCAAACCCAGAGAGUAUUUACUGAUUAGGCAUGAGUGGAGUGUUUCCUCAUAUGUGACCACGCUGUAUUAGCUGGCUGGUGACGAGCAGGGACCUUGGUGAAGACUUGCCUGGGUGAAAAGAAUCGUCCUGUGAUUGUUUCUUUUGCCCACUUACAACAUUUUGCUGUCACAGCAGUCCUUGGUGCCUGGAGCACUGAUUUAUCAUGCACAGCUGGUGUGGGGAUUUGCAAAACGUGGUGGUAGCGUGAGAAAAGUUCUUUGAGUGAACAGAGAAGUGUGUGCUUUGGGUGGUGCCUUACUUGAGUUCCAUUUUGUCAGGUUUGUUGGGCUGACAGUUUCUGAAGAUGGCAAUCUGUGAUGCUGAAGCGAUUGAGUGACAGUGUGUGCAGACAGCCAGCAGCCCUUGUGGCAUCUUCCUUAGAGAAUACCAUAAAAUCCUGCAUGUAAUACUAGGCAUUGUAUUGGAUUUUGGUACACUUCCACUUUGUUUGUGUCUGCUGUGUUCGUAAACGUUUUGCCCAUGGAUGUUUGAUAGCAGUUACUCUUGGUGCUAUCAUUAGGUGAAAGUGUCUGAUUGGUUGCCUAUUUGACAUGGCACCUGGACAUUAUAAUGGCAGCAGAACUUUUGAAAGGCAAUCCCAUGCAUGGAGAGCAAGCGGUAGUUCCUUAUGUUACCUGUUUUAUCCUUGGCAGUGGAUUGCCUUGCAUAGGUACAUCACAAUGCAAGAGCAGAUGUCAAGGGAAGCAGCAGACUCACCUGUCUUGGACUUGACAGUGGCCUGUGAUUGUAGAGCGAGCUGUUAGAUUGCAAACAAACUUUCACUUGCUAUACUGAGCUCAACAUUCACUCUUGUGAGGUACGCAAGACUUGGCCUCCUCAUCCUUGCUGAUAUGAUCAAAGAUGUCCUUGUGCUGUGCAUUUUAAAAGUGCGAAAGCAACACUGUUAGUCUUAGCACUUGUACUUUCUUUGGGGUGUGAUUUUUACUGCUCAGCAAUAAUCGUCCAUAGUGUAUCCAUCAUGUUGGAAAAACAAUGGGACACUUAAGCACACAGGGUGUUACUGACAGGAAACGAUGUGGUGCGCAGUGGUAAAUUAAAUACAUGCAAAAUCGAUGGUAAUUAUUGUCGAUAGGCAAAAUGACACCCUAAAGGGUAUACAGUUUGUAAGAGUGUUGUUCUUUGACAUCCAGUUUGCCAGCUUUUGUGACUUGCAGUGCCAUUAACAGUACACUGUAAGACUAUAAGGAGGUGCUCCAUUUUCCGGCUCCAUUCUCGAGAGUUCUCAUGCUCUUGAAUGAGCACUCUGAUUGGGCAUGCGGAAUGUGCAAAAUGGAGUUAACUAGGGAACGUGGUUUUACGCCUGCUUAGAGGACUGACUGGUAAUUCCUCGGUCCUUUCUGUAUAUGUGAACGCUUCCACAAAUAUUGUGGGCAUUUCCAUUCAAUCUGCUAGGUGUUCUAGCUUGUAGUGCCAUUAAAACUCUAAGAACAAAACGGAGUGUUCUCUUGGCAAAUUCUGUUUCUGAAAGUUCUCAUAAUUUGCAAUUAAGUAUGUUCACUCUUAUUUGACAUGAGUACUCUGAGCAAGGAAGUUAAACAUGGCACAAUCAGUUACUCAGGUAAAGGAGUGAUCAGUAUGCCCUUUGUAGAGUGGAUACACUCUUACAAAGGUUUACACCCUUUAGGGCUUAUCUUGUCCCACAACAAUAAUCAUAAUCUACCUUGCUUGCGUUUCCCUUUUUGAAAACUUGGCCCUCACUGCUUUCCUCUUGAGAAUGCUGGGUUACGCUGAUAACAUGCAAGUCGUUCGUGACUUGGAAGUACCGGGCUCGCAGCGGGCCAAGACAGAUGACGAUAUUGUUGUGGGACAAGAUAUGACCCGGAAGGUGUAAACUUUGUUAAGGGUGUGUGUGAGUCUGUGCCCAAUUACAGCUUGCUUCCUCUGAAUGCUGUUGAAGCAGACCAUAAAUGUCACAGUAGAGUCGUUGUAUUUUGUCAUGUAAUCUAGGCUUUUCAAAGUGGUAGUGAUUGCAGUCACAGUUAUAAUGCCUGGGAUCAGUGUAGCCAUUGGGGCCAAUUGUGAGAGAAAAUGCAUUCGCACAGAGUACAUUUCAGCAUAAGUUUUAAUGAUGUUUAUAUUUUUUGUACUUUUUGCCUUAUUUACAUCCUGUCAUCCUACCUCCUUUUAAGUCUGCUUUUUUUCAUGGCACCUACGCAAAGUCCUAAGCCAUAAAUUUACAUGAAAAGUGUGCUUCAUUAGUAUUGAUUCUAGUAUAAUGUCACUAUUUCUUCUUCUCUAGUCGAAAAAAGUGUGGCUGUGAUGCAUUAGGCAUAUACAGCAUUAGUGAAAACUUUAUCUGCAGGCUUUUGUGUUAAAAUUAGGCUGACAUUAGUGAUGGACUGCUCACGUUUUUCUCCUUCCUAGUGGAUGACCCUGUACUCAUGUUGUAUAACUUUAUCUAGAAUUCCUCUGAUAAUUUUGAUUAGAAGUACUCAUUUAAAAACAUUAGCCAACAGGAUAACCUUAAGCACAAUAAAAACUGACACAACCAAACAUGUAGACCUCCGUGCGACAACAUAACUGGGCUUACGCUACAUGUGAUACAGUUGCAUCGAGGAUCUGCCUAGCUCUCUUCAUUCUUGGCAACUGCAUCAUGUCAGCCGUGGGACUGGCUGCCGUAGCUAGCCUGCUUCGAAUGACUGAUUGCAUCAUGGCAUUUGUGUCGUGUCAUGGGUUCUAGACCAGACACUGCCCGGUUGCACAGCUCGCCACCAUCCUUCACACCAAGCUGGUGCUGUUCACCUCACUGUUUGUCGUCAUUCUCUCUCUCUUUUUUUACUUCAUGCAGGGCUUGCCCUGAAGAAGUGAGCUUAUGGUUCCUUCACCUUGUGAUUGGGCUUACAGUGCCUUUGACUGGUCAUUUCACUGAAAAGGUUGUGUGAAGAAGAAAAUAUGCUUUUUUCUAAGAAAAAAAGAAAAUACUGCUUCAGGAGGGAUGUUGAAAUGUGAUUAUCACUGUUAGAGGCUGUUUAGCCUUGUAGUAGGGCUUAAUGUUGCAUUACAUGACUCCGUAAGCUCGGCAGAGUGCUCAUGAACAACCAGUCAGAGAUGCUGUCAGUGUACAUGCCUCAACAAGACAGAAGUAAAAGUUUAAAGCAUAUCACACUUGCGUCUUCUGGUUCCGAUUGUUGAUUCUGUACCAUGCCACACGGUGUGUGAGGUAAUUUGCCAGGGUUAGCUGUGAUGAGCAAGCUCCGUGUGUGCAUGACAAAUGGAUGACAGACUCAACAAGCGGAACACACUAUUGCAGACAAGCUGGUAUGGACAGUGUUGCAGCAAGCAUCCGGCCUAGCGCCCUAACCACUGUCGGUGUAUACAGACUAUCAUUUACCGCUACACUAAUCAACUGCGAGUGGCCUGGCAGGCUGUGCAACACACUCCGAAAGUGCCAAAAGAAGAAUAACUUAUCCAUCAUGACUGCAGUGUGGGCAGCUAAACAUGUGCUUGGAAAUUUGACCAUACGCACUUUUCCUUGCCGUCAGAUAUCGAGAAAUAGAAAAUGUAAGCGCAGUACUGCACUUACUCUUGGACACAGUGCAAUUGCUGCUUUACACUUGCGUACUGUCAUGUCAGCAGAAACUGUAAUAUUAAAGUUCACUGAGGCAUGCUCAGGCUUCUACACACAAACAUAUAGGUAACUAUAGACGCAGGUGGCAAUAAAUUUUGCACAGUAAAUGAUGCAAGAUUUGCUGACUACCAUAAGGCACCGAAGGAACACUUUUUGUAGAGCCAGGUUUUAGCACGUGAGAGUUUCCGUCAUAAUAGCAGCCUGUGCUUUGAGACAGCCAAGUUACUAUUGGAAACUAAAAAAAUGAUUUCAUUUCUGUAACACUGUUGGCAUUUGCUGCUAUAGGAAAUGUAUGCGAGACACAUGUGGGUGAAGUGUUAGCAGUGGCGUUAAUAUAAAUUGGUGAUCCUAUGGUGCGAGUGCGAGAUGAUUCCACUAACUAAUGAAUGAGUUGGACCACUGUUUUUCUUGCAGUCAAUGUGUUCAUUAUGUGUUUGGCAGAUUUUAUGCUUGUCAUCGUUUGUGUGAGUGAAAGCAAAUCAGUGGACACUUUUCACAGGUGUGCAGUUUGCAUGUGUGUGUGUUGGCCAGUUGAGAGUGAGGACAUCAAACGUUAUACCAAAGUGCAAGAAUGUUGUUACCUAUGAUCAAAAGUUUAAUGCAUAUGUUAUUUUUCUCUGUGAAUAAAGUGCACCGUCCGAAGAAUG